CCGCCUUGUAUCACACUAUACAACUCACAAGCUCAUUACCGAGGAGAGGAUCGUGCCACGAUGUUGCCCAGGUUUGUGGAGGUCACCAUGCUGGUCAACUACGCCGCGCUCCUGUCCGCCUGCCCCACCACCGUCCACAUCCGCCACGGAGGGAUUGUGAGCGUAGACGGGAAGGAUAUCUACUGCCCGUACCGUGCCGGCGCCGGGGAGCGAUGUUCGCGGGCGCGGCAUGUCUGCAUGUGCUAUCCGCACGCGUUUCAGGAUACAUACGAUUACUGUGUCGUGCAUAGUGGGAUCAUCAACGAUCACUGCUGUGAUCACUGGCGGAAGGAGUGGUACUGCAACUCCCGCUGGCUUGAAGUACUGGGCAACAGCACCACUACACCGGCCACGGGGGAGAACCGAAUUGAGUUCUUCGUCGAGACCGAGGAUGACGAGCCAUCCCUACCGCCCAGCACACCCCGCCCGUCGACGACUCCUCGCUUCCGCAAAAUUGUACGGAUCCCACGAGGACGCCGGGCGCAGUGAUUAUGGAAGAAACUGACCGCACAUUAACAGCGAUCAGCUGGACGGCCGUGAAACCACAGGGGGCGCGCGUUGCCGGAAUGAAUGCGGCGAUCGUUCUGUGAUAUCCCUGAAAUCUUUAGCGCCUUUCCUGUCAGAUGGGCGGAAUUGUAAUACUGUACACGGAGAAUGUGCAUAACUACGAAGAAGCCCGGAGAUCGACAUGCCGUUAAUGGUUCGUUUGCUAGCUGAAACGAUAUCCUGUGUGAAUGCAAGAAAUGUAGCUUUAUUUUAUAAUACGCGUCUUUGUACUGAGCUCUAUUUUAUACUGUCACGUGUGGAGAUGAAAUACCUUAGUCUUUUUGCAAAAGCGACAGAUUGCGUCAACAUCUUAGAUUAAA